AUGUUGCGUGCUUUGUUAGUAGGUGUUACUUGCCUGUACUCGGUAGUAAACGGAGCAGCAAUAAAGAGUGACGAUGGAGAUUUAAUAUUAUUAAGUGUUAUAUUUAGACAUGGUGCUAGGACUACGUACUCUUUUUAUCCCAACGAUCCUUGGAAGAAUGAACAAUUUUAUCCAUUCGGAAAGGGAGAACUAACGAAUCAAGGCAAAUUGGGAGAGUACAAAUUAGGAAGAUUCCUAAAAAGCCAUUAUGGAGAUUUUUUGGGACCUGAUUAUACAUUGGAUAAAGUUACAGUAAGAGCUACAGAUGUUACUAGGACUAAAAUGAGUGCUGAACUAGUCAUGGCGGGACUAUUUCCUCCUAGCAGCAGCUUAGUAUGGAAUCCCGAUUUACUUUGGUUGCCAGUUCCAAUAAAUUAUAAAUCAGCCAAUGACGAAGAUAUUUUUCAUCGUAGUUCCAAUUGUCCUUUUAAAUCCAGUGUUCUUAAUGAUCUUCCUAACAUUGAUGAAGUUAAAGAUAAAUAUAUUACACCCUUUAAAGAGUUGUUUGAGUAUCUCCACGAACAUUCUGGCAAAUCGCUUAAAACACCACUUGACGCAGCAGAUUUAUUCUUCAAUCUAAAAUGUGAAGCAGAUAUGAAUUAUACGCUUCCCGAAUGGACCAACAGUGUAUAUCCGGAUCUAAUUGAGGAAGCAGCCGGAGCUGCUUACGAUUACCAUAACUACAACACUGAAGUUCGCAAAAUUAAUUCGGGUUUUAUGUUGAAAAGAAUUAUAGAAGAUGCUGAAAGUAAAAUUAAGGGAACUAUUAGUCCUUCUGAUAGAAAACUUAUGUUGUAUUCUGGACAUGAAUCUACCGUUGGGUACAUGUUGAGUGCACUAAACUUAACUCAAGGAGGUGUUCCUUCUUAUGGCAGCGCUAUAUCGUUUGAACUUAGGAAGAAGGGUGAUACAUAUUACAUUAAAUUACGAUUCAGAAACGAUCCUGACGCGUCGGAGUUCAUUGAUCUUACCCCGCCAGGGUGUGAAACCCUUUGUAAAAUUGAAGAUUUUAAAGAGCUAUAUAAAGAUUUAUUGCCUUCGGGAUCAAUUACCGAUGCGUGCAACCAAAACUACAAUAAAGUUUAAGUUUUAAAUAAAUAAUUAUAUUGAA